AUGCCAAAGACCUCAGAUUCUCCUUUAAGGAAGACGACAGCAAACUUGACAGCCAGCCAGAAGUACCCAAAAGCCUCAUUUGGGAAAAAAGCAGAUGAUGUACCUUUGCUUCCAGUUACAACUGGUCAAGUUCCGGUCCAAGAAUUCAGCAUAGGUCAAGAACCCCGCGAAUUAUCUCCAACGCCCGAAGAGAUGGACCAAGUCUUUGCUCAAAAGCUCAAAAAGUUUGACUGGGCUGGAUCGUGGACAUGGGAAGUUGUCAGCAUGAUAUUCAGUAUGGUGUGCCUUGCAAUCCUGAUAUGGUUCCUCAAAUACGUGAAUGGAGUGGAGUACGACACCUGGCAAUAUCGAUUGUCUCCGAACACAGUCGCCUCAGCCAUAAUCACUGUGACAAAAGCCGCCCUACUGAUCUCGGUGUCCUCAUCUCUCAGUCAACUGAAGUGGAAUCAGAGUCAUCCAGCCAGAGCAACUCCACUCUAUCAUUUACAAGUACUCGAUCAGGCAAGCCGUGGGCCAUGGGGUGCUCUAGAAGUGCUAUGGAGAUGGAAGAUGAAACCAGGAUUGGUAACCGUGGGAGCUUUGUUGAUGGUGUUUUCCCUAGCUAUCGAUCCGCUGGCACAGCAGCUUUUGACCUACCCCCUCCUUCGGCAAAAGGCAGCCGAUGGGUUGGCCUAUGCACAGAGUACACAUGCAUAUUUGCCUCCUAAGUGGAACAUAGAGCAACUUGACCAUUAUGAUACUAAUCCGACCAUCACAAUGGCAAUUCUCAGUGGACUGUUCCAAACAAACACCCCACUAGAGCCGGUCUGCUCAACAGGUGAUUGCCAGUACUCUGAUUUUGCCUCGUUGGGAAUUUGCUCUCAUUGUGAGGAUGUUACAAUGAGUGCAACGCAGGUCUGCGAGGUGUCGCAUCAAUUCGGGAGCACAACAUUCCCCACGACUUGUACUUAUACAUUUCCAAAUGGUUACAAGAUCAAGCCUGAGGUGUUGGGCACGUACAGCGCAGGACACAGCCUCUGGGGCAUCGAUCGUCAGCCAUGGACUUCUGUAGUGACAUCCUAUGAUAGCGCACUAACGCCACUUGUAUCCUUUUUUUCCGCCAAGUACUCCCAGCCCCUUGUUUACUCAAGCCACAAUACUACAGCAUGGGAGCAAAAGCCAACAUUGACGGAUUGCUCAAUCAACCUGUGUGAAAAGCAAUAUACGAACAACCAUUAUAACUCGACUGGUCUCCGAGCUCUGAGUUUUACAAAAAGCCAGAUUUUAACAUCUUCUCCAGUUGAUUCUUCUUCUGAUUAUGUUGGCUUAGUUCCUCUUAACGGGAACACCACCUUUUCGCCAAACUCCACAUACGCCGUCGAAACCGUCUCCAUUUAUAUCCUAAAAUACAUGCUGGAAGAUAUCUUCAACAGAACUCUCAUUCAAGACAAAUCUGGAACAUUUACUCCCGCCCUGUUCUUGUACAGCAGCAAAAAUCUGACGGAAUCAAUUGCCCAAGUGGCCACCGCGAUGACAGACGUUUUUCGCUCUACUAUGGGUCCUGGGGCUUCGCAAAUUCCAGGUGAAGCAUUUGAGGAACGCGCAAUUAUUCACGUCCGAUGGGGAUGGAUCGCAGUACCUGUUGCCUCUGUGGUAGCAGUAGGGUUUCUCCUCCUUAGUACUGCAAUAUCGAGCAGGGGAAAAAACAGGAUACUAUGGAAGGCUUCUAUACUACCAUUGCUCGUCGGACAGCUCCGAACUCGACCCGCGCAUGAUUUGACAUCGUUGCCGCCACAUAUUGAUCAGAUCAUGGACAUGUCGAAGAAAGUUAACAUCGUGACGGAAAGAAAUCACCCUCUUGUCAUGGUGGAAGAAUAG